GAAGAAAGAGAUGAAGAAAUUGAAAGAGACAGGAAAGAAGCCCAGUCUGAUGCGUGCCCUAGCGAGAUGUUUCGGUGUUCAGUAUAUGCUCCUGGGAAUCAUUGUGUUCAUUGAGGAGGGAACAAAGGUGGUGCAGCCGUUACUGCUGGGGGGACUGAUCCGCUACUUCACCCCCGACUCCACCAUCUCGAAGCAGGAGGCCUACCUGUACGCCAUGGCUGUCAGUAUCUGUGCCAUCGUCCUCGCUGUUGCUCACCACCCCUACUUCUUCAGCGUCACACGGAUAGGCAUGCAGAUGCGGGUGGCCUGCUGUUCCUUGAUGUAUAAGAAAUCCCUCCGACUGAGCAACAAAGCUCUAGGCGAGACCACAGUGGGACAGAUAGUCAAUCUCAUGUCCAAUGAUGUCAACCGGUUUGAUCAGGCUGUGAUAUUUCUUCACUUUUUGUGGAUUGGCCCGGUGCAAGCAAUAGCCGUCCUGGUGAUACUUUGGUAUGAGUUGGGGCCGGCAGUGCUGGCAGGCUUCGCUGUCCUCAUACUGCUCAUACCUCUACAGGGAUGGAUGGGCAAGCUUUUCUCUGUACUAAGACAAAAGACAGCUAAACACACCGAUGAACGAGUGCGUGUGAUGAAUGAGAUCAUCUCAGGGAUGCGAGUUAUAAAGAUGUAUUGUUGGGAAAAACCAUUUGGAGAUAUGGUGGAGAAAAUCAGAAGACAUGAGUGGAAGGUGAUCAUGAGAUCCAAGCAAGCAGCCGUAUUUACUGUUAGUAUCUGGGUGAUUCUACACCGAUUUCUCAUCUACCUCGUAACUGUUACUAUGUGUUUGUUGGGCACUAAACAGUACUUGAAAUCAGAUCGGAUAUUUUCUGGAAUGGCUCUCCUGAUGGUUGUGGCGCACAAUGCUGUUGGCUUCGGAACAAUGGCUGUCCGAAACCUGGGAGAGGUUCUCGCCUCUAAUAGCAGGAUAACGAAAUUCCUGUGUCUUGAAGAGCUGGAAGAGAGCUCUUUGGUGGAGAAGUCAGAGGAUCAUGACAGACCACCAGCUGACCGGUGUUCUAUCAGUAUUGAUAAUGUGACAGCCAAGUGGGAUAAGAAUGUGGAUCAAAACACACUGGAAAAGAUCUCUGCCAGUGUGAAGGCUGGUGAGCUGCUGGCUGUGAUAGGCCCUGUUGGGGCAGGCAAGUCAUCCCUGCUCAUGUCUAUUCUUGGUGAGCUGCCAUCAUCAGAAGGGAAGAUUCAGGUUAAAGGCAAGAUCGCCUACGUGUCUCAGCAGCCUUGGGUGUUUUCAGCGAGUGUUCGGCAGAAUGUGACGAUGGGGGAAAUAUUUGACGCAGCCUUGUACGAAAAGUCAAUACGUGCAUGUGCUCUCAAGAAGGAUCUUGGGAUUAUGCCUCAUGGUGACAGUACCCUGAUUGGUGACCGAGGGGUCAGUUUAAGUGGAGGUCAGAGGGCAAGGGUGAACCUGGCCCGGGCUCUGUACACCAAUGCUGACAUCUAUCUCCUGGACGACCCGCUCAGUGCUGUAGAUGCUGCUGUGGGACGCCACAUCUUUGAAAAGUGCAUCCAGGGGGCACUCAAGAAGAAGCCAAGGAUCCUGGUGACUCACCAAGUGCAGUACCUGAAGGAGGCCGACCAGAUCCUCAUCCUCAAGGAUGGCAAGGCACUGGGUACAGGGACGUUUGAAGAGCUGUCCAAGUCUGGCAUUGACUUUGCGUCGCUUCUGAAACACGAUGAAGAGGAUGAGGAUGACUCUGCCGUGAUGAUGCUUCCCGAAACCAUCUCUACCUCCAACGUUAACUUCAACGACCUGGGGUCAUCUCUGUCUCUGGCCUCCAUUGCUUCAGACUUUGUGCCAGAGAAAAUUCAGGUUCAGGAACAAGAACAGAGACAGGAAGGGACAGUUGGGUUUGGUGUUUACGUUGAAUAUUUCAAGGCUGGCACUGGCAUCGUCGUGUUCAUUCUGCUGGUGCUCCUCAACCUCCUGGCCCAGACGUCCUACAUCAUGAGUGACUGGUGGCUGUCUAGAUGGUCCAAUGAAGAAGAGAUAAGAUAUGCAGCUACAUCAAGAUUCAAUGAGGAGAUGACCAUGUUCAAUUCAAGCAACAUCACCGUGCCUGUAGUCGAUACAAACGUCAACAUCUACAUCUUCACCGGCAUUGUUGUCAGCGUCUUCCUGUUUGGUCUCCUCCGAGCUCUUCUCUUCUUCAAGAUAGCAGUAGAUGCUUCACAGACCCUUCAUAACAGAAUGUUCAGCAAGAUCCUCCGAGCCCCCAUUUCCUUCUUCGAUAACAAUCCUGUCGGUCGAAUUCUGAACAGAUUUUCAAAAGAUGUUGGACACAUGGAUGACCUGCUACCAAUCACAUUCUUUGACUUUGUACAGUGCUUCUUACUGAUCGUUGGCAUCAUCAUUGUUGCUGGCAUCAUCAACCCAUGGGUGUUCAUCCCUACCGUCCCGCUGUGUAUACUGUUCAUCUUCAUCAGGCGAUACUACCUCCGCUCAUCCCGUAGUGUCAAACGACUCGAAGGCACAACUCGAAGCCCGGUGUUCUCCCAUCUGAGUGCCUCACUGCAAGGCCUCCACACGAUCAGAGCGAUGAGCAUCGAGAACAAGUUCAUGGCUGAGUUUGAUUCCCACCAGGACCUGCACACAGAGGCGUGGUUCCUCUUCCUGUCGACCAGUCGGUGGCUGGCGGUCCGUCUGGACUGGUUGUGUGCCAUCUUCGUCACUGCAGUUUCCUUCUGUAGUGUCCUUUCAGCAGACAGUAUGGAUGCUGGUCUGGUGGGUCUGUCCAUCACAUACGCCAUGACCCUGAUGGGUCUGUUCCAGUGGGGCGUCCGGCAGAGUGCAGAGGUGGAGAACCAGAUGAUAUCAGUGGAGCGAGUGCUGGAGUAUUCGAGGCUGCCAUCCGAAGCUCCCCUGGACUCUGGGAAGGACAACAAGCCUCCCCCCAACUGGCCGCAGCACGGCAUCAUCAGUGGGGAGAAGGCCGCUCUCAAGUACUCGGAGGAUGGACCCAAUGUACUCAAGGACAUCAACUUCUGUAUCAGGGCACAAGAGAAGGUCGGAAUCGUAGGUCGGACCGGAGCCGGCAAGAGCUCUAUGAUCGUGAUGUUGUUCCGACUGGUGGAACCUACAGGGAAACUGAUGAUUGACGGCAUUAACAUCUCGGACAUCGGACUCCAUGAUCUACGGAAAACAAUCUCCAUCAUUCCCCAGGACCCUGUGCUGUUCACUGGAGCACUCCGACGUAACCUCGACCCCUUUGGACAACACAGUGACAGUCAGCUGUGGAAAUCACUGGAAGAGGUGGAGCUGAAACCAGCUAUAGAGGAACUCCCCGGCCAGCUGGAGACGGAGGUGUCGGAGGGAGGCAUCAACUUCAGUGUAGGCCAGAGACAACUUAUCUGUCUAGCCAGGGCCAUACUCAGGAAGAACAAGAUACUUCUUAUAGAUGAGGCAACUGCUAAUGUUGAUCCAAAAACUGAUGAACUGAUCCAGGCCACGAUACGUGAAAAGUUCCGCCAUUGCACUGUGUUGACUAUCGCCCACAGACUGCACACCAUCAUGGACUCCGACAGAGUGCUGGUCAUGGAUGAAGGUAAAAUCAUUGACUUUGAUGAACCUCACCUGCUUCUGGAGAAAGGUGAAGGUCAUUUCUACCAGAUGGUGCAGCAGACGGGCAAGACAGAGGCGGAACACCUGGCAGACAUAGCACUGACCGCCUAUGAGGAGAGACACGCCAGCAAACCCAACGAUGACAAUGUCUUGCCCAAAGAAAAUGGAAUGACUUACGAGUCAAAGAUGGACCAAGGAAAUCAAAAUGCAGAGGAUCUUGAUAGUGCCAUAUCUAGUUCCAGCAUUGAGGAGAAUGCACCCAUGUUUGAGCCGGCGCCUAGUGAUUCAGAAGACAUGGAUGCAGCUCCAAGUGCACCUUUAUUAGACCAAGACACAGUUGGAAAGAAGGCUGAAGAAAGUUCCGUUCCUAAAGUAAACGGGGAACAUGCAACAGUUAAUGGUGCUGGGAUACCGAAGGAUGAGGACAAGGCUGUGGAAGAUAGUUAUUGUGACGAUGAUAUCGAAGAAGCAUUACUGUCAUCAGAAGAUAACACUGUAGAACUUACUCCAUCUACUCCAAUCGUGAGUAUAGCCAAACAGAAACGUGGCUCGAAGGACCUAUCAGAGAACAUAUCGUCCACGACACCACUGCUUAAUGAUGACAGCCAGACAUCUGACUGUAUAGAUGUUUGAUGACGGGACUCAAUCUGUUGAUGCAAUGUUCCAGUGUGAUCAGUUCUUUUCAGGAAUAAUAUUUCAUGAGAUCAAGUUCAAUGCUACUUCUUUUAAGGACUCAAUCAGACAUAUAUCAGUUGGCAUUGUAUAUAUUCACUUUCCAAAUGAACAGAAAUGAGGGGAGUUUUUGAAAUACAUGUGGUAGAAUGUUUUUUCUUGGUGUGGGACUGCAGUUUUGGAAUCAUUUUUAGUUCAUAUUUUAGACAUUUAUGAUCUUGUUGGCAUGUAAACAUUUGUAAGGAUUUUAUUGAUUUUAUUUGACUAUUUGUUUGUUUUAGAUGUAUGCUAACUUUUAGGACAAGGGAACAUAUUUUCAUCUUAUCUCUUUUUAGUUGCGCUGUUUUUGAGUUUUAAACUUUCCUUCUCUUGCUUGCUUGGAGUCUCAAUAAUAUUGUAUUUAAUUGUGUCUCUUAUGUUGUGUUCAUGUUUCAUGAUGUGAUUUUACAUACUGUUUUUCAUGCAUUAAUGGUGUCAUUUUAGAUGAUGUGUUUCCAGAGUUUUAGUAGUAUAAUUUUACUCUGCUCACUUUUUAGUUCCAUGAAUCUUCAUACACUGCCAAACAUUGUGUUAUUGCUUCAUUACGUACUCUGACCCUACUUAAUGGCCCCUUGGGGAUUCCAGGAGGGAACCCACACACAGCCACACACACACAAACACACAGCCCCCCUUCACAUACACACACUACACACACACACACACACACACAGCCCCCCUUCACAUACACACCUAUGUUGAGUGCAAGACGUGACCAAUCGAUCAGAUGUUCAGAUUCUUGGUCUUGGCUGAAAACAUGUCAUUGUACCAAGAUGUGUCUCACAAUCACUUGUUUGUUUGGUCCCACCAUCAUGGCUGUAAUACUGCUGAGUGCAGUGUUGAACAAGAAACAAACAAUUCUAUAUCUGAAACUGUUUCAUGACUACAUUCCAUUCAUGUACAGUAUACUAGAGAUAUAACAAACUUACUGGGAU